GUAUAGAUGACUACAUCGCUUCCAUCGGUAUCGACAAAGGUUAUCUUCUUGGGUAUUAAUCUUGGGGACGUUUGAAGUACCUGCUACUCCCAGCUGUCUGGCAAACAUGGAUCCAAACGAAGAAGUUGGCCUUGAAGAGCGCCUGAAAUCCGCUCUUUGGCUAGCCAUUGGAAAGAUAGUUGACGACGAAACCAUCAAACUUGGUGUGAAUGCCACGCCCCAAUUCAUCGGAGCCUUGACGGAGAUGGUCUGGACCCAGAUAGAGACAGUCAGCCAGGAUUUAGAAUCCUUUGCUAAGCAUGCCGGACGUUCGACAAUUAAUGUUUCCGACGUAAUGUUAUUAGCGCGGCGCAACGAAGGGUUAGAAUCCAUCCUCCGCGCUUUUGUUAACAUACAGCGCGAAGAAGAAACUUGAAGCAUCGAAAAUUCUAUAGUAUGAACAUUAUGAGUGGCCGGAUCCUUUUGUUAAGUUCCCUACCGGGUGAUGUAACCCCAGACUCAUUGGCGGCUUUCUUCUCCCGGCUCGCCUUAGUGGCCUCCGAAUAGCUACAUGAUCCAUCCCGCCAGUGGCACUCAGUAGCCAAGAUAUCUGGAGGGUGAGAUGACGCCACUGAUUACUUCCCCGAGUUAGGGAUGACUAUUUUGGGCUCACGUGUUGGUAUCAAGAUAUUGGCUUUCAAGGCCGAUACAGUUCUAUUCCACGCCUAUCCAGCUUAUUUAGAGAUGUCUCGACGAAUCAGAGGAUCGGGGAUCCUAGAGCUUUAUCUCAGGAGAACGUGUUUAACAUCAUAGAUGGUGUAAUGAUUAUCAGAUGAACAGUUACAGUGCCCCGGCCAAUCAGCUUUCAGAAUUGCUUGCUUUUAUGGAGCUGUAUCGCUUGUGGACCACGUCACCAUAGCGUCUCCUGCUACAUCAAUUAGCCUCGAUAGCAUACUACUUAAAUAUAAACUCCCUAAAGGCCGGCAUAUCUUUUGAGGGCCUUGUCGCAGCAUACAGCG